AUGCUCAGACUGCUCCCCGAGCAAGCGACGGUCCCCCGCUUCGGCGUCCUGGCGGCCACGGUGUCUCUUCUUAAGCAGUGGGAGUGCUCGGCGCCUCUUCAAGUCUACGUCAAAACGCCCCGGGAAACGGCCGGCACCUCUCGCCCCCAAUUCCAUCUCCCACACCCUCUUCUUCUCUCCCUCCCCUUAAGAUUUCGCUUCAGGAAACCAGCAGGCUUAGCGGCACACACUUCGUUGACUCUGACCCACACCCACCCUGCACCAGCUCAGUUGAGCGUUUGUGCGAUUGGCUUCCGGGUCCCACCUUGGGAGGCGAAACUCGGUCGGCCGAAACUGGAAAGUUGCGACCCAGUUCCGCUCCCGCCUAGGAGCGAGUGGGGCUCCCCAGAUCUCUACUCUCCAGACGUGCCUUGUUUGAGAAUAAAGUGA